AUGUUGGCUGCUUUUGUCUGCACGCUCGUUUCACUGCGCUCCUUCUCUGUGGCACAGCCUGCACCGGACCACGAGGAUUCACCGUGGUUCGUGGGGUGCGUCGACGCCAGCAGCGGACUAUACGCACCCAAAGGUGUCCGUGACCUUGACCCGGUAACCUGCUCGGUGCGCUGCCUGGAUGAAGGGUACCAGGUGGCAGCCUUGACCUCAGAGGCUUGUUACUGUGGCAACCAACAACAGGGUUUGGUGGCCAGUGAGUGUUUCAACACAUCUUCCAGUGGAAGGACAAAGGAUGUCAGAGGAGAAAGACAAAGUGUCCUCUACCUGCCUGGACAGGGAACCGUGGCACUCUACAGAACUAAAGGACCAUUCCUGCAUAGACUUCAUCUGUCUACGUCACCACACAGAGUGCAGGCUGGGAGGACUUUUGCUGUGGUAGUUUCUGGAAACCUGGCUGGACGCCCCCGCCAGCCCACAGGGAUCCUGGGAGUGGGAGGGCAGGACCUCUCUUAUGUCACUGUUCAGUUUCAGGAAACGACCCCUAAAGGUCAAAGUUCACAGCGUGUCAACGUGUUGGAUGAUGGCUCCUUUGUUGCGUCGCAUGACUGGAUUUUGGAAAUGCCAGGAAGAUAUGAACUCAACGUCAGCGUCUCCAACCCCCUCUCCACACUCUCCUCCACCCUCCACCUCUCCGUCUCCCAGUCCUCUGCACACGGCUUGGUGGUCUCUGUGCUUCACGGCUCCCUGAGGGUCCCCUCCUGCACCCCGUCUCUUCACACAGACUCCAGCAGUGCAACUGUGGAGGCAGCGUACCUGGGCGACCCUGUCACACUGCAGGCACACAUGAUGGGUGAUGGUGCGGCAGUGGAGUUCUCUUGGUUGUUCACUCACAAAGAAAAAGAGAGAAACAUGGAGGGUGUGAAGACGGUGUGUCUUCCCAGCUCGGACUGUGUGAACAGCACUGUGGUUGUUGUUCCUCGCGCCGUUUCCAACUUCAGAGUGAGUGUAUCGGAGAAUCAGCUGACAUCUGGCGAGGACCUCUCUGUGGAUGUGGAGCUGUUCACCACCAUGAAACCCCUCCUCGUCCUCAACCUCACAAUGAAUGCUGAGUAUGGCAGCACUGACACAGAGGACAAUGACGAUAAAAACAUCAGUAACAACAUCAAAACUACUCAUCAAGAAAACAGUACAGAUCAGGGCUGUAAUGACAGUAACCAUGACAACAACAGCUGUGAUCACAGUCUCAGUCAAAACCACAAUAACAUCUAUUGUCAUGAGGGCACCAACAGCUCAGAUACCCCCCACUUUGUCCCUCUUUGUCUCCUCCACACCUCCAACCGCUCCAGCUGCCAUUUGCAUCUCCACCUUUACUGCCGCCUCCCCACCGCGGCAGGACAGUAUCACCUCACAGCAUCUCUUCUCUCCACUUCUGACCCUUCAUCAGUGCUUCUCUCGGCUGUCCUGCCUCAACCCUUGAUGGUGUACGAGCGUAUAUGUGCCCUGAGGCCUUCUGGGAGUUGGAGAUCAGCAGUUUCAGCACACGCAGAAUUCAGCCUGGAGGUUGUCAGCCCUGCCAGCCGAAUGGGGUCAAGAGUGAUUUGGACUUUAAGUUUGGAUAAUGUUACUUUGACGAGCAGGACAACUGAGGAGUGGAACAUGAAUGUGUCUCUUACGACAGCAGGCUGUUAUAAAGUGACAGUUAAGGCCUUUAACCCAGUCAGCUGGGCCUCAUUCUGCACGCACAUCCUCGUUCAAGAUCCAGUCGGUGAGUUGCUGUUUAAGGUUCCCAGUGUGGUUACAAGACAUCAGAAACACUUUGUUUUCUUCAGCGUCGCAGCAGGGUCAAAUGUGACCGUGUCUCUGCUGGUGAAUGCAACGUUGCUGUACAGAAACAGCAGCUACACUACAGGGGAGGAAGCAACGGCGGCUUUGCUUUUCGACCACACCGGGACAGUUGCGGUUGAGCUUCGAGCUGAGAAUCGAGUGUCUUCUCAGAACAAAAGCGUGAGAGUGUGUGUUGAGGGGAACAGGAAACCCUCACCACAAGUUAGAGUUAGUCCAACGUGGCAACUGCCUGCCAGUCAAAGUCCUGCUCACAACCAGGCUGACAAUGUGUGGGUUUAUGCAGCAAAGCAAGCUUAUCCCACAAAUACCGAUAUAACUUUACUGGCUGUGGCUGAAGUACCGGGCCCUGUGGAGUUCGUCUGGCAUUUUGGAGACUCGAGAUCAGACAGAACCAACUCAAGGACUGUCACCAAAAGAUAUCACAAACCUGGCAGGUAUGAUGUAUUUGUAGUCAUGUCAAGUGGCCGGGCCUCCCUGACCUCCGAUGUGUUCCCACUGGUCGUCCAGAGGGCGGUGAAGCUCAACAGGCUGCUCCACCAGGCUUCUGUCCUGCAGAACCAAACCGUGACAGUGAGCUGUCGGGUUAAUGCGGGGACUGAUGUCACCUUCCUGUGGAGCUUUGGAGAUGGAUCACUCAGGCUGGGACAGAGCACAGAGCAGCAUGUCUUCCACAGGACAGGAGAGUUCAAAGUUGAAGUGACUGUGUCUAACCUGGUCAGCUCUGCCUCCCUGAGUGGUCACAUUUUUGUCGUGGACCAGCCCUGUCAGCCUCCACCAGUGAAAAACAUGGGGCCUCUAAAACUACAGGUGCGAAGAUAUGAAGUUAUCCAUCUGGGGGUGACCUAUGAGACUGAAGUUGACUGCGACAUUUCAGGAGGACUUUACUACGCCUGGACCUUGUUUGACUCUGCAGGACGGAUCUUCCCUUUGCCUCUCAUAGACACACACAGACAGAGCCUCAUACUGCCCAGCCAUCUCCUGCACUAUGACACCUACACAGCUGUAGCCAGGGUUCAGAUCGUUGGCAGUGUGGUGUACAGUAACUACACUGUGAGAGUGCAGGUCAUACCGAGCCCUCCUGUGGCCUUCAUCCAGGGCGGCACUAACAUCUUCAUUAACAACAGAAACACCACCAUGGUAACCCUGGACGGGCAGAGGUCUUAUGACCAAGACUUCCCCAUGAACCCUGUCAGCUUCAGCUGGACAUGUAAACCAGUAAGCUCCAUCACCAGCUCCUGUUUCAACCAUGACGUUCCCACUUCAUCCCCUGUGCUCGUAUUUCCUGCUAGCUUCCUAAAACACAACUUUGACCAAUUCCAGUUCACGCUCACCAUCCGCAGUGGUGAGCGUUCAGCUUCAUCAGAGACCUUCCUCACGUUAACAUCAAAUGUGAUCAGGAAGGUGUCAGUUUACUGCCCUCAGUGCCACGGAGACCGGGUGAACUGGGAUCAGUCUUUCUCUGUCAGCGCCUGGUGUGAAGGCUGUGAUAUUUCCCCAGAAUACAUCCAGUACACCUGGAGCCUGUAUGUGGUCAACGUAUCAUCCAAGCCUGCCAUAGAAGUGGAUCUCAGUGCUCCGUCUACUAUCAUUGAGGGCCCUGCUGCUUCCCCUCAGACCUCCACCCUACAUCCACCUGCUACAGAUGCUUCACAGUACAUCCAUGCUGUCAAUAUCUCUACUCCUGUCUCUCCGAUUGAGAGUGCCCUUGAAACUAGAGCCAAAACACUAGAUCUUAACUUGACAGAAACCGAGCCCUCGCCUGUCUCUUCUCUAGUCAACACAGAAAUAGCAGGAUCAGGAGAGGAGUCCUUUUAUCACCCUCUGAGGGAAACUGACCCCCGAAAGCCUUUGUCCUCCUCCACUGAAUACCUGCCACUUCCCCUUGACAACAGCGGCGUCCUCUAUUCAGACCACUUUGGCCGGAGUGACAUUAUCAGCGAAUUCCAAAUUGAUUCCGACUCCUCUGCUGACUGGGAGUUUUCUUUUCCUUUCCUGGAGAGCAGUGACUUGGGAGGUCGACUAGGAGAUUAUGAUGUUCCCUUGAUGAGCGCGGAGGAAGGAGACCCAGGGAUUUCAGCAGGGAGGCCCACAGGUGUGGAUGGUGAGAGCUACAGUCCAGGAAAUGAUUCAGAGUUUGAUCCAGCAUCACAUGAAGACGAGGGGAGUAAUCUGGUAGAUUCCAGACCAUCUGUCGUGAUGCAGGAGCCAAUCAUGCUUGACUUACCUCGAGACCCGGUAGACAAAGGCCUUUUUGAGUCCUACACUUAUACAGGCAUUUCACCCCCUUUGCUCAGCUUUAGACCGUUAAGUCUAAAGCCUGGGAGCAGAUACAUGUUGGAGGUCACUGCCAAAUUUCAAGAUAGUUUCCUGGGCCGGACUCAGCUAUUCUUAAAGACCAACCCUGCUCCAAAAGGCAUGACGUGCCAGGUACAACCAGUCAAAGGAGUGGAGUUAUAUACACACUUCAGCAUCUUCUGCACCUCAGGGAAAGAGGACCUACUGUAUGAGUACAGUGUCAGUGUAGGAAACAGACCUCCCAGGAUGCUGUAUCAGGGGCGAGACUUCCAGUACUACUUCAGCCUAUCUUCUGGUGACCCCGGUGAUGACUAUAAAGUCACAAUUUACACAGAGAUCAGAAGCAGCACGUAUGGGACGGCCACUAAACCCUGUCCUGUCACAGUCCAAGUCCAACCGAGCUUCCUCAGAGACACCUCUUCUUCUCAUCUUGAUCCAGACGUGGAGCUUUCAGAGUCAGGUCUGAGGAACCUUUCGGCUCUGGUGCGGCUUGGAAACAAUAUGGAGAUUCGUAACUACAUCAGUCUGCUCUCCAGCAUCCUGAACAGACUCAGCCUGGACACUGAAGCCAACACACAUGCACAGAGACGAACACGCAAUGUACUCAUUAGCACCGUGUGUGAGCUUGAAAGCAGUGAACAGGCAUCAAUGGUAGAUAACAUCUGCAUUCUCAAAAACCUGUUACAAGUUACAAGUCAGGUGACAUUUUUUAGUGCAAGACGAGUGACAGGUCAUGUUCAGGUCAUCUCAAAGCAGCUUUCAGAGUCCAGUGCUCCAGCCCGGUUCUAUUUGGACCAGAAGACACUCAGCACCCUAGUUUCCCUGCUGUCAUACAGCCUGCAAGCUGCUGUCGCUAGUAAUGACUUCACACCAGCAAUGUCCACCAGUGCUGACAUUACACAGACAUUAAAGUCAGACCCACAUGAUGAAAUACAGGACUCACCCAGCAGUGUUUACAUCAAACGAGACGGAUCGAUUUCAACAAAGCAAGCGUUGCAGCUUAUAGCUGAUAUUCUGCAGACUGCUUCAGACCUGAUGCUGAAGUACAUCUUGUUCCAUGAGGCAAAGGAACACAAAGUCAACACUGGUCUUAUUGCCUUACACGCCAUGUACCAAAGCCAAACCUCCACAGUCAUCAGCAGUGGCUCAACCACCUUCUACAUGCCUGCCUCCCUGAUCCAGCUUCUGUCUGUUCAUCGCAGUAGAGAGACCGAGAGCAGACCACAUCAACCGUGUGUGCUCAGCUCGCUGACUGAGCUCACCCACAACCCUUACACCUGGGUCCACUUUCCUGGAAGGCUGAGCGGACCAGUGGUUGACCUGAGUCUGUACAAGUGCAGCACGAGGAGGAAGAUCCCAGUUCGCUCCCUUGUCCAGCCUAUAAACAUCGAGCUGCAGCAACCACCAAGAAACAGCUCUGUGAGUGAGUACGUCCUCCUAAGCAAGCAGGUCAACUACCACAGCUUCAACAUUACCCAGGAGCACUUGCAGCAGGCCAUCCAGCUAAGUGUGGUGUUCACGCCACCGCUCAACAAGGCAUUUCCCAUCAUGCUGCUCUUCAGGAUGUUUGAGAGGCCGACUCCCAGUACGUACCACCUGCACAGGAUUCACCACUGGGAGAGCAACACUGCACGCUUCACCCUGCCCCCAUCCUACCUCAGAGCUCCAGGCGCUGGUCACCUGGCCCUGCUGAAUGCUGCUUUCGGGAAAACACCCAGACACAAGCACCUGAGUGAACAGGUCAGCUACAGUCUCAUAGUGGACAGCAGCAUGUGCUUGUCCUGGGACAGCCACCAGGGGGCCUGGACACACCACGGCUGCAGGACACAGCGUGCAGACACAACUGCUGCAGUCAACUGCAGUUGUCACCAGUUGAGGCCACUGACUGUGGUGCAGCAGCAGAUCCAGAGCAGCCAUGACACUACCGGUCUGGACCCGUUCCUAAGUGUGUCCAAUGAUCUGACAGUACUGGGUGUACUGGUGCUGUGUGUGUGCCUGUACUUGCCGGGGCUGGUGUUGUGUAGGAGAGCGGAUGUCAUUUCCGAGGCAAAUCUCAGAGUCCAUUAUCUUUCUGACAACUCCCCGUCUGACCCAUAUCUCUAUGCUGUUACAGUCCACACUGGUUUCUGCUCUGCUGCUUGCAUGAGUGCAAAGGUUUACAUAGUGCUCAAUGGAGAAGAUGGGUUCUCGCAGACAAGAGAACUACAAGUUGCAGGAUGCACAUUAUUCCGGAGGAACUCUCAAGACACCUUUAUACUCAGUGCAGCAGAGAGCCUGGGCCCAGUGUGGGGGGUUCACAUCUGGCAUGACAACUCUGGACCCUCCCCAAGCUGGUACCUCAAACAAGUGAGGGUAUGUGAGGUGAGCAGGGGGCAUGCGAUGGGACGUGCUUGGCUCUUCAUUGGUCAGUGUUGGUUGGGUGUAACUAAAGGCGAUGGCCGGGUGGAGAGAUCGCUGCGAGUUUGCACUCAGCAAAUAGGCUUUGCUAAGAUGUUGCGUCUCAAGCUAUCUGAGUACUUGGCCGACCACCAUAUCUGGAUGUCUGUGCGCAGCUGUCCCCAUCCUAACUCAUUCACACACACUCAAAGACUUAGCGUGUGCCUGCUGCUUGUGUUGGGAUAUGCAUGUGUCAACACAGUAAUCAUAUCACAGAUGGAUGAUCGGUUGCCAUGUGAGUUGGGCUUUGUGGAUGUAUCAGCUGUUUCCGUGACGACGGGAGUAUUAAGCGUGAUGUCAGUGUUGCCUGCAGCAGCAAUUAUAUCACACCUCUUCCGACUGCGUGAGGUCAAAUUGACAGCGUCAGGAGUCCAACACGCAGAGAACAAAACGACUGAGAAGGACUUCUUUGAAGAUACCCCUUCAGUAAAUGACAGCACACUUCAGCAGUGGUCCCAAGAAGCCUGGAGGAGGAAAUACCAGGGAACAGACCUGCUGUCAGUGUCCAAUACCAUUCUGGAAAAUCAAAACAGAGAUAAAGAACCUGCCAUCCAAACAGAUGCGGCCAUAGGAGAAGGAGAGGCUCUACCAGAUGAAAACUUGUUGCUGACCACCGAGGGAAACAAUACUGAACAAGCACCUCAGGGAAAAGAGUUACAUCUGUUAAGUGAAAGAACUCAGAGAGCUCUUCUGUCCAGUAAGGGGGAUGGAGGUGAAGCUAUUCCGGAGGAGAAAGAUUCUCAAGGGAAAAGGAAAGACGGCAGCCGUCACUGGGCAGCAUGGUCUGGUAACAGCAGUUUCUCCCACAUCAGCGACAGCCUGAAUCAGAGAGGAUUCAGACCAGUAUCUCAGUGUUGUCACUAUUUGGCCUGGACAUUGUGUCUGCUGUUGUCCCUUCUCUGCCUGGUGCUCUCCGCGAUGCUGGGAAUGAGGUUCAGCAGCAGCAAGGUCCUCCUAUGGAUACACUCUCUUUUCUUCUCCCUGAUGUCUUGCAUCUUCCUCAUCCAGCCAGCUGUGAUAGUUACAGUGGCAGUGACUGUCUGCUUCUGGUUGAGGAAAAGAGCAGACUUUCACAGUUUCUCCAGUAUAAGAGAGUUUCAGAUAGGGACACCAAAACUGCAGAGCCACAGUGGUGCUAAUCAAACAGCAGAGCAGUUCGGGACAUCAGGCUUUCCUCAGGAAAGAUGCUCAUACCUUGAAAAGGUGCUUGGAGCUCGUCAGCGAGCCCGGUACCUCCGUUUUGUGCAGCCACCAACUCCAGCAGAGCUGAGGAAAACUCGUGGGAAGAAAAGAAGAGAGGCUUUCAUCCAGAACACUCUCAGGGAUUUGUCUGUCUGUGGCUCCAUGCUCUUCCUGAUGCUGUGUAUUAAUCAUGGCAGCUCAUUCAAUGACCAUCACCACCUCAAUAAAGCUGUCAGACAACAGUUUAUAAGGGGCCAUGAUAUUUCAUUUAUGUCCAUACAAAAGCAUGAAGACUGGUGGAAGUGGGCGCACACCAGUCUGAUUAACUUACUGUACAAGAACACAUCAGCUGAGUUUCACAUCUUGAUUGGAGAGCCAGUCCUGUGGAAGACGGAGGUGUCCAGCUCAUUUCAGGGCCAGGUCUCCAGUGCGACCCUUGUGCCAGAAUGUCUUGGCUUAUUCUUGUCUGGGAGCAGAACAUCCACUCACCCACACUCCAGUGUCUUAGUUCCUAUGGCAACGGUGCCAAGGACAUGUGGUACCCUUGGCAGCUUCCUUGGACGAAGUGCUACAGUUGGCUUAGGCCACACCAAGUCUGACGCUGCAUCCAAACUGAAGCUCCUGCAUUCAGGGGGCUGGUUGGGCAGACAGACGGUGGCCCUGAAGGCUCACUUCACCUUGUUCAGCCCUGCACCCAACUUGUUCACCAGUGUGACCAUGCUCACUGAGAAGAGUCCCACUGGUGCGCUGCUGCCCUCUGCCAAAGUCCAGUCAGUUAGGGUGUAUCGCACUCCUGCUGUGUGGGACUAUGUUGUUAUGGUGUGCCAGCUCCUCUUCCUUCUCUUGUCUCUGCAUCAACUCUGUGAUCAAGUGUACACUGUAGCGCAGCAAGGGCUGAUGGGAUACUGGAGGACACCCUGCAACUGGCUGGAAGUCAGUUUGCUGACAGUAACGUUACUGUACUACGUUUAUUACAUCUAUCACUCCGUUAUUAUCUUGGAGGUUGUGGAGCUGCUGCAGAGACACAACUACAGAGGACAUGUUGAUGUCAGCUUCCUGGCUACCUGGGAACAAUAUAUUCGCACUCUGCGUGGCGUUAUGCUCUUCCUUCUCACCGUGAAGUGUGUGACUGUGGUGAGGGUGAACAGGACCAUGGCCACCUCUGCUACACUCCUCACCCGCUCACUCUUGAGCCUCUUCUGGCCAACGAUCUCAGGUCUUAUCCUGAUGGUGGCGCUGUCCUGCAUGGGGAAUCUCCUGUUUGUACAAAGCUCCUGGACCUUCAGCUCACUUUCCCACUCCCUUCAGACCCUGCUCCGUCACUGCCGGGGUCGCAGAGCUGCAAGGGGCCUCUUCCCCUCUUGGCAUGAUUUCCUGUACAGUGGUGUUCUCUGUCUGUCCUCUGUGGUAUGGACAGCAAUGGUCAUAGGCAUGAUGUCCUCAUUCAUCAGAAGUGCCAAAAGAUCAAAAAGCAGGGGCAACGUCUUCACCAUAGCAGAAUUAGCCGGCUACAUUAGACGGAGAGUCUCAGAGUUCACUGGGCAGCGUAGACCAGCAUGGAUUGAAAAUCAAAUGGAAAAGAGGACUUACUACUUUGAGGAGUUUGAAAGCUUAGUAGAUGAACUACUGUUCAGACUCAACGGCCUCUCAGACAGUCUGCACCACACUCUCCCUCCCAAAGCCCAUCACUACAGAGAGGAGGAAAGUCCUGCCAUCUCAACCAUACACAAGCCCUGCGACAUGGACAAACAGGACUUUGUGAGAAUACAAAUGACAGGAGAGAUGAUGGUGAAUGAUCACACUGAUGUCAGCGGCCAUGGAGAAACCCUCUCUGCAUCUCACCUGCUCAGGUCCAGGCGUGAACUGGAGAUCCUGCAGUUCCUGCAGCAGAGAGGUCAAGAUGGGAACCAUUCUCCCUCAGACAGUGUGGCAUCAGAUAAUUCACAACAACGUGGAAUAAGAGCCAGAGAAAAUUCAAGAGACCGAGAGCUCCAAACUUAUUUAAAGGCGCAAAACUACCCAUCCCUCCCAGAGUCAGCAUCACUCAUUAAGGUUUGGACAGAAGAUGUUCUGGAGAAACAAGCUGACCAGUCGACUAAAACACGUGACAAUUGUUGGUUAAGUAAAACUCAGGCCACACCUACAGAGGUGGUGGUGGAAGUUCUGGUCCAUGAAGAGCCUGGGAGUGUGGAGCCAGAUCAACAGUAGGGUCCCUAUGGAGAUGACAGUUGUGGCUUUGAUACUGUAAACAUCUCACAAAACAAGAUCUGCCAUUUCUGUUCUAUUCAGCUGAAUCUCCUUCCAGUUAGAGUUCUUUCAGUGGUCAUUGUUCAGGAGGUUUUACACUGUGAGCCAAAUUAUCUUCAGAUGUUUUGUCCUCUCCAAAAUAUGCAGACCAGGUGAUUAAAACCAGUAAAAAACACAUUGAAUAAAGCAGUUUAACGUUACAAAUCAGUGUUUCUCCUACGCUGAUCAGCUCGUCAGAGACCGGUCACCAGCCCAGCACCUGCUAAUCUCUGAGAAUUCAGACAUUCCGGAGGUUUUUACUGGAUGACCAAUUACAUGCAAAGGUCUCUUUCUUUUUAAAUUAGACCGACCAGGGGUCUCAUUUGUAAACAUUGUGUACACAAAUGAGGCCUGAA